AUGUCUUCUUACGGAGGCGGCGGAUAUGGCGGCGGAGGGGGCUACGGCGGCGGCGGCGGCGGCGGAUACGCUAACGGCGGCCCCCCGGCCGGCGGCUACCAGGCCGGCGGCGGUGGCGGCUACGGAGGCGGUGGAAGUGGCGGCUACGGCGGCGGCGGAAGCGCUGGCUACGGCGGCGGUGGAAGCGCCGGCUACGGCGGCUACGGUGGCGGCGGCAGUGGAGGUUACGGCGGCGGCGGUGGAGGUUACGGUGGAAGUGGCGGCGGCGGCUACGGCGGCGGCUACGGCGGCGGUGGUGGUGGGUACGGAGGCGGCGGCGGCGGUGGCGAGCUCGGCGCCAACUUGAAGAAGCUCGAGUGGAACGAGGCCGCGUACAACUCGCUGCCCAAGUUCGAGAAGGACUUCUACAUGGAGCAUCCGGACGUCAAGAGCCGCCCGCCGCAGGAGGUCGAGGCCUACCGCCUGCGCCAUGAGAUCUCAACCAAGGGCUCCAACGUCCCGCGCCCCACCACUACCUUUGAUGAAGCCUCGUUCCCGGACUACGUGCUCGACCAGAUCAAGGCCUGCGGCUUUGCUUCCCCCACCCCAAUCCAGGCCCAGUCGUGGCCUGUCGCCCUCACGGGCAGGGACGUCAUCGGCGUGGCCCAGACGGGAAGUGGUAAGACUUGCGCCUACAUUCUGCCCGCCAUUGUCCAUAUCAAUGCCCAGCCUUACCUGGAGAGGGGCGACGGCCCUAUUGUCCUCGUCCUCGCCCCGACGAGGGAGCUGGCUGUCCAGAUCAAGGAUGAGUGCUCCAAGUUUGGCUCUUCGUCUAGGAUUAAGAAUACCUGCGUCUAUGGAGGUGUGCCGAAGCGCGGCCAGGCCAUGGACUUGGAGAGAGGCGUCGAAAUUGUUAUCGCCACCCCGGGAAGGCUCAUUGACUUUUUGGAGUCUGGUAAGACAAACUUGAGGAGGGUCACCUACUUGGUCUUGGAUGAGGCUGACCGCAUGCUUGAUAUGGGAUUCGAACCCCAGCUCAGGGCUAUUGUUGGCCAGAUUCGUCCGGAUAGGCAGACUCUCAUGUUCACCGCAACUUGGCCAAAGGAUGUCGUCAACAUCUCGAGAGAGUUUUUGAAGGAGGAGCCGGUCCAGGUCCAGAUUGGAAGCACUGAGCUCACCGCUAACAAGGACAUUACCCAGAUCGUCGAGGUUUGUGACGAUCAUGACAAGAGGCGAAUUUUGUUCACACGUCUGGACGGCAUUCGCGCCGAGAGCGGACGCGACUUCCCCAAGGUUUUGAUCUUCACGGAGACCAAGCGCAAGGCCGAUGAAAUUUGCGGAGAUCUGCGGUAUGACGGCUUCCAAGCCGCCGCCGUCCAUGGAGACAAGAAUCAGAGCGAGCGUGAUCGUGCCCUGGCUGACUUCAAGGCUGGGCGAGCGCCGAUCAUGGUUGCGACAGAUGUCGCAGCCCGCGGGUUAGAUGUGAAGGCUGUGCAGUGCGUAAUCAACUUUGACUUUCCCAAUAACGUAGAGGAUUAUGUACAUCGUAUCGGGCGAACGGGGCGUGCUGGGGCGAAGGGAACUUCUAUCACGCUCUUCACUUCGAAUAAUAGCAAGAGCGCGCGCGACCUGAUCCAGUUGAUGCGCGAUGCUGGGCAGGAGAUCCCGCCCAAGCUAGAAGAACUUGCGCGAUAUGCGAGGCCAGGAGGCGGCCAGUCUAGAUAUGGCCGCGGAGGCGGCUUCCGUCGCGGCGGAGGUGGCAGGGGAGGACGAUGGUAG